AUCCUACCAAGAAUCCUUGUGUUCUGAUCGCUCGCCAGCUCAUUGUUCACGAAAAAUUUAUUGUGUUUUAAUUCUUAUAAACUAGCAUUAGUACUGUUGUACUAACCGUGCUGAUUUAACGUGUGUACCGAUUUUGGAGAUUUGUGCAACGUAUUCAUUUAAAAUGAACCCAUACCAAGGGCCACCGCAGUAUCUACACAAUAUCGGGUUUAGCAACAGUGCACCACAGUCGUUUGGAAAUCCAAUGCCAAUGCAGGGUUUCCCUACUAUGGGAUACCCGGCGCCACAACAGGGCUACCCGAAUGCUCAACAACCGUAUCCACAAAGUAGUUAUCCUGGUCAGGGGUAUCCACAGAGCCAGGGUUACACACAGCAGAGCCAGGGCUAUCCACAACAGAGUCAGGGUUACGGUCAACAAAGUCAAGGCUACUCACAACAAAGUCAGGGUUAUUCAAUGCCAAAUACUGCUCAAGCGUACCCAAAUGCUCAAGGGGGGUACCCCGCAGCUCAACCUGGGUAUGGCCAAGCUACAACUCAGACAAGUGCUGGCUAUCCUCAGUCAAACCAAUACCAAGGAUACCCUCCUGCUCAAAGUCAUCAAGCUUAUAAUGUAUCGAGCCCAGUAGCUAGCCAACCUAAGUCAAAACCGACAGUAGUGCCAGUGAAUCCCUUCGAUCCCCGCGAAGAUGCGGCCGUUCUCCGCAAGGCGAUGAAAGGCUUCGGCACUGAUGAGAAGUCCAUCAUCCAAGUGCUGACCAGACGCAGCAAUGAACAACGUCUCCGGAUUGCUUUUGAGUUCAAGACGUUGUAUGGAAAGGAACUCGUAUCUGACCUAAAGAGUGAGACCAGCGGCAAGUUCGAAGACCUCCUGGUAGCGUUGAUGACACCUUUACCCCAGUUCUACGCCAAGGAGCUGCAUGACGCCACAGCGGGGAUCGGUACUGAUGAAGACGUGCUCAUAGAAGUCAUGUGCACUAUGUCCAACCAUGAGAUACAUGUCAUCAAGCAGGCGUAUACAGCCAUAUACGGAACCCUGUUGGAAGAUGAUUUGCGAGGCGACACAUCGGGCAACUUUAAACGGCUCAUGACCUCUCUGUGCAUGGGUAAUAGAUCUGAAGAUUUCCAUGUUGAUCAAGCGAAGGCGAGGGAAGAUGCAAGAAGUCUACUACAAGCCGGUGAACUACGCCUCGGUACAGACGAGUCGGUAUUCAACGCGGUACUAUGUUCCCGCUCGUUCCCGCAACUGGCGGCCAUUUUCCAAGAGUACCAGUUCCUCACUGGACACGACAUCGAUGACGCGAUCAAAGCUGAGUUCUCUGGCGAUUUGGAGAAGGCUAUGCGUGCUAUUGUGAAAGUGGUCCGCAACAAGCCAUUAUUCUUCGCGGAACGUCUCCACAAGUCCAUGAAGGGUCUGGGCACCAACGACCGGCAGCUCAUCCGCAUCAUGGUGACGCGCUGCGAAGUAGAUCUGGGCGAUAUCGCGGAGAUGUUCCAGGCCAAGUACGGGGAGUCGCUGCAGAGCUGGAUAGAGGGCGACUGCUCCGGACACUACAAGAAAUGCCUCCUGGGAUUACUAGGUUUAUAUUAACCUUGCUAAAAGUCACAAAUAAUAUGCACUUGUAUGCAUAUUUGUGUAAUAGUCUAAGAGCUGGUUCUAAAUAACAGAACAUAAUAUAUAGAUUAUAAUAUAAUAUGUCGUGUUUCCGAAGUGCAACAAUAUUUUGAUUUGUAAAUGUCUAUUAAAACCUUUCUAGUAUUUUUGGACAUUAACUAAAUUAUUAUUACUACGUGUACUGGAUUUUGGUAGCUAGCUCUUGGACUAUAAGUAUUGUGUCAAUCUCAAAUUGUUUUUAGGUUAUAUUUUUAUUAAUGUCAGUGUCAUCUAUCGAUCUGUUUCGCAAGUUGCAUAGAUGGCAAUAAUUUGUAACUUGAUUUUACAGUAGGUUUAAAAAACUGUAUUUAUUUAUAUUUUUCUUAUAUAGAGUAGAAGUUACAUUUUUGGCUUUUACCGUCCAAUUUGAUCUGAUAAAUAGGUAUUUUAACUCCCUAUUUACGUUUUGAUACAAAACUAUUUUAUUAUUGAUUAAAAUUACUACUUUUUAUUUAUAUAAUAUAUCUGAAGAAAUAUUCUGUUAUAAUAUUCGAUAAUUAAGUUCUAUAAUAAAAUAAGUACAAUUAAAAUACCUAAAUGUCUUGUGUCUGAUAAGAUUACUAUGCCUUGUGAAUUGUGAUCUUUAUUUAAAUUUGCGAAAGAAAAUAAUUCAUGUUAAAGGAAUUUAACCGGAUUUAAAACGCAUUCUCAAUUAAAAUGUCUUAAUAUUUGUGACCACGCCCGCUCUUAUUAUUGCACAAAAAGCUGUUUUUAUAUAAUGGGAAUAAAAUGCGUUUUAAUUCUGUUAAAUUGUUAACAAAUAUUUAAUACUCGCGUUAAAACAAUGUGUACUGUGAGACUUAAAUUUUAUGCCCCAGAAAUUUCAAAUUAUUACAAUUAAUAUUUUUAAUUCAAAUUAGAAGUUUUUCUACAAUAAUAUAUUUCUAAGAAUUUAUAUGUUCUCACACACGUUGGUGCAUUUAAAAAAGACUUAAAUUUUGUAUUCGUAAAUUUUAAACCUAUACACGAACCCAGCGAUUAAUUGUAAAAUUUAACAUUUUUAUAACGCCUAUUGCACCUAACCCUGUAAAAUAAGUUAUAUUGAGAGAAAUACCUAAACUUGAGAGUGAGCCUACAGGUUCUGAAAAUUAUCUAUUAGCUUUUAUAUUAUUAUAAAUUGUAACAAUUUUUUUGAAGUGAAACUUCUUUAGGCGCAUUGAGAAUUAAAUUUCAAGGUUUCAUGGCGAUACCGUCACGUCAUAGAGUAAGGCGACGAUUUUGGUAUCGAAUAUGCCAAAGAAGUUUCACUUCUAACACGCUCUAAAUUUUUUUUUAACAAUGUUAUAAAUAUAAAAUCACGCCGAUUUUAAUAACACAUACACGACACUUAGAAAUAGGUUAAUAAAUUUAUUAUUCAAACACAUAAUUAAAACAAUAAUUUACAACUUGGGCUCACUCUACAAAUAUAUAAAAAAUCACAAUGUAUCUCUUAUUCUAUUCUCCUUGUAUGUGUUAAACAGCGAAUCUCCUUUAUGAUAUGAUUAAUACAUAAUAUUCCUAAAUAGUAAAUAAUUUACCCAGUUAUGCUUCAUGUGCCUUUAACUGUUCGCGGCCAAUAUAUAUUUUCAGUGUUAUAUUUAUGAAUAUUUUCAAUUGUACACUUAAAUGUUAUACGAUAUAAUAAAUGGAUCUAUUAAUAA